GACGCACGCGGGGGCGGGGCGGAAGUGAGCGGGCGGUGGCGGCGGAAGUGGCCGCGCGUGUCGGGGGCUCAAGAUGAAUUCCAGAGGCACUGCUUCUCUGUUGAAGGAUAGUAUUUCAUUUACAGAAGUUUCAUCUGCAGGGCUAUUUGAAGGUCAUGAUCUUCUGCGCAGAGGCUUUACAAGUGUGAAAAGUGAAUUGUUGCCCAGCCACCCACUGCAGUUGACAGAAAAGAAUUUCCAGUUAAAUCAAGAUAAAACAAACUUUGCCACACUGAGAAACAUCCAAGGAAUCCAUGCACCUUUAAAGCUGCAGAUGGAAUUCAGAGCAGUGAAACAGGUCCAGCGUCUACCAUUUCUUCACAGCUCAAACAUGGCAAUGGAUAUUUUGAGGGGAAAUGAUGAAUGCAUUGGUUUUGAGGAUAUCCUUAAUGAUCCUUCCCAGAGUGAGAUUAUGGGAGAACCACACAUCAUGAUGGAGCACAAGCUGGGUUUAUUGUAACAAAAUAUACUUCACAAAAAUGUUUUGUGUGUCUUUCUAGCGCAGAUCUAAGUACAUGGUACUAAAUUGACACUCACAGUGUUAAGCAGACCUAGUUAUCACUUGCCUUCCUUAAUGAAAAGGCACAUUAAAUGUUUAAAGUCCAUAAACUGUUCUGUGCUUGUUAUCAAUCAUACAAAUGUCCUGUAACUAGUUUAAAUAAUGCCUUUUCAUAAACUGCUCAGGACAAUAGCUUCUUAAAUAUGGAAAUGCUAUAUAUGUAUACAAGAAAUUAAAAAAUACCCAGGCAUUUUAAAACUGACUACUGUGGUAAAUGCAUUUAAUGGGGGAAGAGGAAGGUAUUUUCCGUUGCAUAACUCUUUGUUCAUGAAAAUUUCCAUACACUUUUUAAACUAUUGAAUAAAAGUUUGCUAUAAAUGC